AUGUGCCCUGCAAUUCGGCCCAUCGACUACACCUCCAACUUAGAGGUUAUCCUCUCCGUCGACUCAUCCGUGAUCGCAAUCGGGUAUAUUCUUGCUCAACUUGAUGAUAAAGGACGACGACGCCCUGCGCGAUUUGAGGUCGAUGCGAAGUACAUCAAGGGCAUGAUCAACAACCCAGAUAUGCAUCCCAAUGCUGCCAUGAACCGGUGGAUAGCUGCGAUUUUGAUGUUCGACUUCAAACUUGUCCACGUUCCGGGGAAAUUUUUCAGAGGACCUGAUGGGUUAUCAAGAAGAAGAGGAGCAGAUGAUGAUGACUGCGUCGAGAAUGAGGGUGAGAGCACUGACGAGUGGGUGGAGGAAAUUUUGAUGUGUGGUGUGUGGGUGGCUUCGAGCUUGGAGUCGGGGGUGUUUGAAGUGGGAAACAAGAGAAUUGGGGCGAAGGGUUUGGUUCUGGCUUAUGGGAGGAAGUGCGUGGAGGCGACUGAUGAAGGGGAGCUGCCGGUGAACGAUGUUGGGAGAAAGAAGGACAAAGACUUACGGAAGGUGGAAAAGUAUUUGUCGAUGCUGAAACCGCCUGCGGGCUUGGAUGCCAAAGGCCUAUGCAAAUUCUUCAAGAGAGCUUCAUGUUUCUUCUUGGCUGGAGGCCGACUAUGGUACCGAGAACGCGACGGACGGCAUCGUGUUGUGCUAUUUGAACAGGAUCGCCUACCGGUGCUAAAGACGGCUCAUGAUGAACUCGGCCACAAGCGCUUCUAUCCGACGAGACAACAGGUAGCGACACGCUUCUACUGGCCAACUAUGUGGUUCAAUCGCGCUGAUAGCUGCUUUAUCGUGUGA